CAACCUUUUCACACCACAGUCAAAAAAAACUUCUUGAGAUCUAGAAUACUACUGUGCAAGUUCUAUGUUCUAUGUACUUUGCAAGUGAUGAGUUUGGUAGUAAAUUUCUGAAUAUGGUAAAGAUUUCCUAGUCUUUUCAGAUGAAACUGGAGUCUGUAAUUAGAUAUGUGUAUGAAUCUACCUACAAAUGUAUUUCUUUUUUACUGAGAAAAAAAUGAGUUGUUGUGUGACAAUAAAAGUUGGUUUUUUCAGACAUAACUUCAGUUGUCUGUUUCCACCAGGCUUCAGAAAUAAUUGGGGAUCAAAAAGCAGAUUCCAGAAAGAAAAGAAAUAAAAGAGUGUGGGUCUUGUGAUAACAAAAGCAAACUCAAUGAUGUCAAUGGAUUUGUCUUGACGAAGUGUGGUUUUUGUUGUUAGCUGCUGCUGUUACUGCUGCUGCUGGUGGUGGUGGUGGUAGUGGUGGUGAGAAAAGGGUUAAUAGAGAAAGGAAUGAUCUUUGUUUGUUUGUUUGUUUUUUUUACUGGGUUGAUGAAAUUUGUUAGGUUGUGAAAGCAUGGGUAGACAAGAGAAAAGGGGGUUCAUUUAGAUUAAUUAGCUAGAGAAGAUUCAAAGUCUAUAUGAAGAAGAAAUGAAAAAAAUGGCCACAUGGGUUUAUCAGUUAAAGAGACAUGACCUUUCACAAUAUAGGGAUGAUAGAGAAUUUAAUCUUCACAAGGGACCACUUAGAUUGAUGGUUUGAAUUUAUAUUUAUUCAAAGAAAAAAGAAAAAAGAAAAAAACAACUCAAUUUACUUUUGUUUUUCUUUAGCUUUUGUUUGGAUCUUCUGGUUGUUUGGAGUUAGGUUUUAAGUUUCCAACACCUGAUACUGCCAGUAACUAGUCUUCUGGGUACACCAUUUGCUGCUUGUGGUUGCUGGAGCUGAUGAUGAUGAAUUGAUCUCUAAAGGAGGUAAACAUAUCAUUAACUUUACUGAGAAGACGGGGACGGGUAUGCGUGUGUGGAUCGAUUCCAUAGGAGUUCGUGAAAUCUUUACAUGAGUUCUUGUUCAGUGAUGGAGUGGAAUACAAAGACUGCCUUGCAGUGGGAUUGGGAGAAUUUAGUCAUGUUCAGUGGGAAAGUAAAUGAAAUUCCUAAUAAGACUUCACAGCAACCUACCGAUUGGGGUGUUGAAGGAGACGGCGGGGGAAUUGAUAAUGGGUCUUUCUAUUUGCCGUCUGGCGGUGGGCGAGGUGGUGCUGGUGCUGGUGGUCAUUCUGGGUCUGAUUUGGGAAAUGGGUCUUCUUCAAAAAGUUCUAUUUCAGCAUCUAUUGAUUCUUCAGGGAAAGUAGGAAGUAGUAAAUCCAAGUUUAACUUGGAUACAAUUGAAGAUUCUACUAAUCAUCCUACUAGAAAGAGAGAAUUAGGUAGAGUUGAGGAUACCGGAUCUUCUCCAACAGUAGGGGUUUCAGUAGUAGGUUCUGGUGAACCGCUGAUAGGUUUGAAGCUUGGCAAGCGGACUUACUUUGAAGAUGUUUGCGCUGGAAGCCUCGUCAAGCCUUCAUCUUACACCGUCAUUCCGGCAGCAUCCGCCGCUGCUGUAACAAAAAGGUCCAGGGCCUCAUAUCAGAGUAUGCAGACCCCAAGGUGUCAAGUGGAGGGUUGUGAUCUUGACCUGACCUCUGCUAAAGAGUACCACCGGAGGCACAGAGUCUGCGAAAGCCAUUCUAAAUUCCCCAAUGUCACAGUAGCUGGUCUGGAACGCCGGUUCUGCCAACAGUGUAGCAGGUUUCAUGAUUUGGCGGAGUUUGAUGAGAAAAAGAGAAGCUGUCGUAGACGACUCAACGAUCAUAAUUCACGUCGACGUAAGCCACCACCAGAGUCAAUCCACUUCAGUUCUGGAAGGCUGUCUUCACCAUUUUAUGAUGGGAGGCAGCAGAUGAGUUUUAUCUUGAACAGAGUCCCACUUGUUCAUACAACAUAUCCUGCACUAAACCCUACAUGGGAAAGAAGAACCGCAAAACCAGAAGGCGUUGAUGCACAUCAUUCCUCGAACAAUGAACUGCUCAAUUCCAUUUCUUCAAUUCAUCGUGACUCUGGUCGACUUCUGUCGUUCAAGGAUACCAGUGUGGAGGUCGUCGAUCAAGAAGGAUUGGAAGCAUCUACUUUGGCUGCGUCUAACCUGGAUCCAACUACGGAUUUUCGACGUGCUCUCUCUCUUCUGUCAAGAAAUAGCUCCUGGGAUUCUAGUGGUACUGAUCAUCCUGAACCCUCAUCCCUCAAUCAGCUCAUCCAUGCAAACCACACAGGUAUAGCGCAGCAGCAGCCAGUGAUACAGCAGUCAUCAGUUCCACAUGGAUGGCCUACUGCAUCAACAAUGGAAUACUGGCAUCCAAGCGAACAACAACAACCAACAGUCGCAACCUCUCAUUUUCAAGAGCAGCAGCAGCAACAGCAAUAUCCCAACAGCUCUCAGUCUCAAAAUAACAACACUGGCUCCCAUUUCCAAGAGUUUCAGCUGUUCAAAACACCUUAUGAGAACGGAUUCUUCUCCCCAAAUCAGUUAACUUGACUGAUUGUUAUUGCGGCUGCAGCACUAACCCAACCCUGAGAAUAACAAUUAUCACCUCUUCAUCGCGAGGUAUAAUCAGUUUGGGUUUCUAUAUUUUUGUAUUAAUAGGAAACUCCGUCAUUGGCUCAUUAUAUUUUGUUAUUAUGCCAUCAAAUUGACAGGCAACUUAUUCAGUCCGAAUUCAUCGAGGUGGCCUUAUGGUCUAUUUCGUAAAUAUCAUAGACCACCCUCCACUUUAAUCUACUUUCAUCUGAUUUGCUUUGAAAUAUGUAACCUAACCUUUUCCAAAGACGGGAGACUGGUCAGGCCUUUUACA